AUGCAGCGCUCUACUCGCAUCAUUCCCUCGUCCCGUCGCUUCCUCUCGGUCCCGCCCACGGGCCGCCCCGUCGCGACCGACAAGACGACCAACGUGCCUCUCGGCAGGCAGACCGCGGCCGGCUACGGCGGCACGAGCGGGCCCAUCCCGCAGGCCGGCGGCGUGCCCCCUCCGCAGCCUCCCAAGAAGUCCAACGUCGGCUUCAUCGUCGGUGGCCUCGCCCUCGUCGGCGGCGCCGCCGCCUACUACAUGACGCUCGACGACCCGAAGCACGAGGCGGCCAACGACCUGUCCAAGCUCAAGCGCGGCGCCGAGCGCGAGAUCCACGACCUGCGCUCGGGCGGCGCGCGCUCGACCUCGGAGCCUCUGGGCCCGAACGUCGCCGACCCGGCAUCGCGCGAGGCGACCCGUCUCGCCGACAACGCUCGGUACGGCGCCGAGCAGGCCAAGGACACGCUCAAGGACGGCGCGCACUCGAUCGCCAACGCCGGCCGGGACGCCGUCGACGAGGUCAAGCACUGGGGCGACAAGCUCGCCGGCGACGCCAAGUCGACGGCCGACCGCGCCCGCAACGCCGCCGACCGCGCCACGACGCCGUCGCUCACCGACCGUGUGCGCAACGCGGCCGACCGCGCCACGCCGUCGUCGUCGUCGGCCGGCCACGGCUUCACCGACGAGGUGCACCGGUGGAGCGACGCGCUGCGCUCGGGCCCGAGCGAGCGCCAGGCGUGGAAGCCGACGCUCGACGAGCUCAAGCGCUACGGCGAGAGCCUCAAGGGCCCCGACCGCGAGUUUGGCUUCCAGCAGCUCGAGAAGACGUUCAACAGCAACGGCAUCAACACGUCGGUCGGCGGCAACCCGUACCUCGACUGGGUCGGACCGGGCCUGUCGCUCCGCCGCAGCACCAUGGAGCGCAAGCUGCGCGACCUCGAGCACGAGACCAAGUCGAGCCUCGACAACGCCGCCGACUCGAUCAAGGGCGAGUACAACCGCGCCAAGUCGGCCGUGUCGAACGCUGCCGACGACGUCAAGUCGGAGACUCGCAGCUGGGUCAACUGGGGCUCGAGCAAGGCCGAGGAGGCCAAGGACAAGACGGCGGCAGAGCUCGACCGCGCGCAGCGGGCGGCGAGUGACAAGGCCUCGUCGUGGUCGUCGUGGACGUCGGCCAAGGCGGACAACGCUGCGGCGUCGCUGUCGACGGCGGCGGCCAACGCCGAGCAGACGGCGGACGAGGCGGCGCGCAAGGUCGAGGCCGAGGGCAAGAGCUGGUGGAACUGGUCGUCGGCCAAGGCCGAGGACGCCAAGGACGGGCUCAAGGAGGGCCUGCUCAAGGCGGAGCGCGGUAUCGAGAAGGGGGCGCAGCAGGCGCAGCACGAGACGAAGAAGCUCUGAGCGAGGGCGACCCUGUCCGUUGUGUAGUCCAACCGUUAGUGUGCAAAGGCAGUGCUCAGCCCGCCUC